GCGAGCUGCUGCGUCUCAGACCUGUCUCGAGAUCGGCCGCACAGCACGUCACUCCAGGCGAGUCCGCGCAUUCAAUACAUCACAAUCCGCGCAGCCAAGGAAACCCAGCAAAACUUUGCCCCCCAAAUCCCCGGACCCUCAGGGUGGGGUAGAGACUCCGAGAAGAGGCAGCUCAGACAAAAGCACUCCUCUUGGCUUUAAGAUAAAAAAAAAAAAAUACCAGCUGCAAAAAGAAGUCCAGAUACAAACUCAAGACGAUAAGCGGAACCGAUCGGCGUCUCCACAUUUUCAUGCAAAACUUUCCCUGAAGUCACUGAAAGAGCAGCGAGCAUCAAACUGAGGGACUGAAAAUGGCAAUCUCGUGGACGCUCAUUGUAUUAGGUGCCCUCCUGCAAGGCAUGCAGUGCAACGCUGAUGAUAGCACAACAACACCGUCUGUCGUUACAACAGUCUCCUCUAAACCCACCGUGUCUUCUAACUUACUAGGAUCCAUUACUGCCUCAGUGACGUCUCCUACACUCACCACUACACAGUCCACUGAAACUGCCACUACAUUACAGACCUCUACAGCCAAAUCUACUCUCACCACAUUGGGGGCCACUAAAACUGCCCUCAUAUCCUCCUCAACAGAUUCCAAUACACCCACUGCUCCACUGACCACUACAAUCACUCCAUCGACUACGCCAACUUUAUCAGUGACCAGUAAACCAACCUCACAAAAUGGUCCUGGCACAACCCAUAUCACAACCAUUCAACCCAAAACGUCCAACACAGUCACUACACUUACACCCUUCAACAGCAGUACUGAAAAAUCAACUACAACUGACAAUUCAACCGAUCCCAAACAAGACAACACCAACGAAACUACACCUGCGACUGCUACAUCUACAGAAGUCGUCACCACCCAGCUCUCGUCUAAUCAGACAAACUCAUCUUCUCCUACUGUUAACAAAAUUUCUACAUCACCAAUCACAGUAACACCGGACUCUAAAUCUACCACUUCUCAAAAUCCCGAUACAACAAAAGCACAAACUACAGCCUCAACCAUACGACAAAAUAUUAUGAGUAGCACCUCUACUCCCGAAAAUGUCUUUAAGUAUUCCUUUGAGCUAAACAGCACUGAGGCAAACGAUGUCCUUCAAGCCUGCAAGUCGUUGGGUCAGAAGAUGAAAUUCAAUUGCAUGAUAACUCAUGACAACCGAAUAACUGCAACAAUAACAAUAGCUGCUGACCAGAAAAUACAGCCAAGAAACGAGCAGCAUGACGGUGGAAAUGCGGACAGCAAGGACACGAUACCGGACACGUUGAUCGCCAUCUUGGCUUCUUGUGGCGCGUUGGUGCUCAUUCUGUGCUGCUUUGCAGCAUACUGCACUUAUCAUCGCAGAUCCUACAGGAAGAACCAGCAACACCUGACGGAAGAGCUGCAGACAGUGGAGAACGGUUAUCAUGACAAUCCCACACUGGAGGUGAUGGAGGUCCAGCCGGAGAUGCAAGAGAAGAAACUGACAAUGAACGGGGAGUUUAACGACAGCUGGAUCGUCCCCAUAGACAACCUGCUGAAAGAAGACAUACCUGAUGAAGAAGACACACACUUGUAAUGGCAUCAGAUGAAUUGUCUGGAAAAAGAAACCUGCUGCUCUCAUAACGGUAGAUUGUGACCGGCCAGAAUGUAGAGAAAGCAGAGAUUGACAAAGACUAUCAAAUGACAGUGGUUUCAUUUGGUGCCAGGGUGUAUAUGCUGUAAUUAAGUAGUUGGAUGUCAAGUAUUUGCUAGAAAUAGCAGAAAGGUUUUUAAGUUUUGUGUGUCACUGUGCUUGGGAAAGGGAAAAUCUGUAAAUGGAAUGGCAAUGUACAAUCUGGGGUGUCUCUUUGCCUUAACUUUUCUUUAGCACACUUCAAAAGUAAGUUUUUAUAAACAAUAUAUAAGAAACAUCAGGUAAAUUAGCCCAUUUAUGACUUAUAAAUGAUUUGGUCCAAUCAUUUUCAGUUUUGAAUGAAAAAAUUAUUUAGAUUUUGCUUGUCAUCUUGGAACGUUUUUCCCACUGCAAUGCCUGUUGGGACGGCAUUCUUUAAAUGUGAAGCUGGCCAAAAUAAGGCAUUCAUUUCACUGCCUUUGCAUUAUGAUAUUGUCAAGCAGGUUUAAGUUACACAUGCUAAUUACUUAAAGGAAUAGUUCACCCAAAAAUGAAAAUUGCAUGAUAUUAGACUUAGGAUGGCUUGGGGUUAAAUAAAAUAUGCCAUUAAAAACUUUGGGUGAACUAUUCUACUUUUUUUUUUUUUUUUAACUUACGUUGUGGAGCACUCAAAACGUUGUUUCUACCUGAUAAUAAUGAGCAUAAAUUGUAAUACUACAAUAGAAAUUUAACUUUCCCAUGACUUAAGGCCCAGAAAUCACAUUUAUCCAGUGGAAACCUUAUGUCACUUCCUGAGCAGAAUGUAAUUAUUGUUCUUGUACAUUUUGUUUAAUUUUACGCUUCUUCCAUAAUUAGUUUGUUUUCUGUUUAGGAAAGAUUAACACUCAUUGGCAGCAAAUUACACUUGGACCAAUGGAUAAUUCAUCCUGGUAAAUUAGACUAUGGGUCAAAAGUAUGUGACCCCACGAUUGGCAGAUAACUUUUCAUUAUCUUCCAUCUGCUCCACUUACGUCUCGUUGUUGUUAAUCAUGCCAAUAUAAAGGUUUUUGGUCUUGUCAACCUGCAACACUAAAUCCAGCACAACUCAUUUACAUACUUAAAGUUAAGUUACAGGUAUGAAAUCAUAACGUGUCAUUGUCUUUAAUCAGAAAGGUCACCUUUUUCUUUGAGUGUGUUUUAAUUUAAUUGCUUUAUUGUUGAUAAUCACCAAAACAAGUUUUGUUUGUUUUUUGUAUUUGCAUGCACUACACAAUUUUCAAUAUAAGGGAUUCACUGCUGUUUCAGGCUAGCUCUUGUUCUUCCACCAAAGUAUUAAGGUUGAAUUUAUAGUUGUAUUCUGUAUUUGAAGUCAGUUUGCUGCUGUGCACAAACGACAGGGGUCUGAUACACUGGAAGCUUCAUCUCUGUCAGAUUGGAUGGGGAUGGCCAUGAUUUCGAAUAUAAAAAUAUUUUAAAAAGA